AUGGGUUUGUGCAAGACUGCGGUGACAUUUGCAAUCAACAGUGGAAGAGCUGGUGUAAGAAAUAAUGGGAAUCUUCGUCUUCGCCCGCUGUUGUCAUGCGCGCCUGUCAUGAUGGUGUACGGAGAAAGGAAUGCGCAUACGCAGGACCUAACCAAAAACAUUCAGUACAUCAGCAACGACAAGGUCAAGCUCACCACGGAUCCAAAGACAAUGAAGCUAGACAAGCAGCUUAACCGACCAAUGUGUGUGAUGAUUAACUGGUUGUUGGCGAGACAGAAGCACGUGAUGAAGUAUGCCAAUCUCUACUUGGAGCAGGGGUUUGAUGUCAUCUCCGUAUCCUGUACACCCUGGCAACUCAUGUGGCCACAGAAGGGCACCCAAUUGGUGUCUGGUGAUCUUCUGCGAUUCAUGCAGGCGAACGAGAAUGAUCAGCCGCUAGUGGUGCACGGAUUUUCAGUGGGUGGUUACGUCUGGGGCGAGCUAUGUGUCCACGUUAUGAAGAACAAGGAAUUAUACCAACCGGUUCUGGACCGAGUGUCUGCUCAAGUGUGGGAUUCGGCUGCUGACAUAACAGAGAUCACCAUCGGAGUACCAGCUGCCGUCUUCCCCAAGAACAAGAUCAUGCAGAAGACGCUCAAGGCUUAUAUGGAAUACCACCUUAAAACGUUCCACGACGCCGCCACAGUGCACUACAUCCGUUCAUCGCAGUUGUUCCACACCAACCUUUGUCACGCGCCCGCGUUGUUCCUACUGUCGGCGAGUGAUACUGUGGGAGCCGAAAGGAGCAACAGAGCUGUGUAUGAAAGCUGGGUCAAAAUGGGCAUGAAGUGCACAUGGAACUGCUGGGAUCGAUCUCCCCACGUACAGCAUUUCAACAAACAUCGCGACGAGUACGUGACCCUUCUGCGUGCGCAUCUACGCGAACACGUCCCAACCGCUAAUCGGGAACAAAAUCGCGCGAUGGUUUAA